CCCAAUGGCAAAGCGUGUUCGAAGUGGACCGGCUAAUGGGCAGGCGCGACACAGGUGCAGUUCGGAACGGCCUAUCCAGGCAAGAUGGCGCGGGCUUUACGCUGGUGCUAAGAUCGUGGAGUCAAGUUUUACACUGCGCCUAUCGAUAUCUGUAAUUGUCCUCUGCUGAACGAAUCGAAGGAAUAUGCUGGUGGAGUUGAAGAAUGGAGAGACAUACAAUGGACAUCUCGUUGCAUGUGAUAACUGGAUGAACAUUAACCUCAGGGAAGUCAUCUGCACAUCAAGGGAUGGAGACAGAUUUUGGAGAAUGCCAGAGUGCUAUAUACGAGGGAGUACCAUUAAGUACCUGCGAAUCCCUGAUGAGGUGAUAGACAUGGUCAAAGAAGAGGUUGUUGCAAAAGGGCGUGGGAGAGGUGGAGGUCAACAGAGAGGGCGUGGACGGGGAGGACCAGGAAGAGGAGUCCAACUGAAGGUAGGUGCACCUUUCAGCUGUCUGGGAUCAUGUGGGUGCUGUUCAACAGAGAGUCAGUCCGUCUUGUAUGGUAGUACUUUAUUCGUUUACCAUAAGAAUCUCAAACAAUAGGUACAUAUGUACAAGUAAUGGAAUUUAUGGAUAUUUCUUUUUUGGAAACAAAAUGUGUCUUUCCUUGCUUGUUAACCCAAAGGUUUCCAGAGCUGACUCAAAUUUGGAAAAGCUUUCAAAAAAUGCAACAAAACAAAGAGUGCAAAUAGUGAAAAUAGUUGUCUUACCAUUGACCAAAAAAAAAGGCUUUCUGGUGAGUGAGUUGGAGAAGAUUUAGGAAAAAAAUUAAAAGUGCAAAUUUGAAGGGGUUUGUUUUACCAAAAAGUUAAUUCCCUUUUAGAAAAUGUGCAAAAUUACAAAGUCAACUAAUCAGUGAGAUUUUGGACGAAUAAGAAAAACAAUAAAUAAGAUGACUACAUGUACGUCUUCACUAUUCACUGAUUCUUGUUAGUCACACAUCGUUCCUUAUUCUGUGGUCAUCUGUACUCUUUACCAAAGGCUACAGAUUUGAUUUCAGUAUUUUUCAUUCUCCAGACACUUUGGGCCAAAAACUUUAGACAUUUGAAUCUUUAAAAUGUGUAAUUAAACAUACAUGCAUUGUUCUGCAGAUUUUGGAAUUCACAUUUGGCAAUAUCAGUUUGUAGUAUACGAUGAUAUACAGGGAUUUAUCUCCUUUGUUCAGUUGUCCUGUUCUUUUACAGAUGGCAUCAAUCCACUGAACAAUUUCCUAGAGAAUAUGGUUUAAUGGAGGUACAUGUACACAUGAACACUUAGGACUUUGAAAAUGCAGAUAAUUCAUUUGGGGCAAUUCCAUGAAAAAGUGUCCUUGACCCCAAAUUUCAAUUUCGUGUGAACAAGUUUGACAUACAUGUAGGCCCUACAUGUAGUUUGAAAGAACAAUGUCUGGCCAAUUUACAUGUAAAUCCGCAUGAUGAUUAAAAUGUUAAACUUACCACAGUUGAGGCUAAGCACAUUUUUACAUACAUUUUAAUCACCAUAUUUGAGAAGAAAUAAAAUUAAACUUUUUGUAGGUCUUUUAACGUAUCACUUUGGGUUGUAACUAUUUGUGUCAUUUUUUUCAUUGUUACAAUAACAACAGUUUAAACUGUGUCCUUUUGGAUUAUGGUCAGUGUAUUGUCAGUGACAUUUUAAUUCAUUUAGUUUUCCUCGUUUAGAGUAAUAAAAGAUAUUUUCAAGAGACUUCAUAUGCAAAGCUAGUUUUCAGGGACCAAUCCACUAAUGUAGAAAAAUUGAGAUAAAAUUUAAUUUCGCAAAUGAACUUCAUGGAAAUCUUAUUUUUUGUCAUUGACAUUAGUCACUACACAUGUUCCUAACUGUAUCUUAUAGACCUUAUUCAAGUGAAAGCUAUUUUCAAUUUUAUUCCCUGAAUCUAUGAUAUUAAAAGCAGAGUAUCAAUUAGGAUGGCACCAUACUGUUUUAUAAUUGUCACGCAUUCCAAGCCUCCCUUUCAAUACAUGUAUUUUUGUAAGUACAUGAAUGGCUUAAAACACUCAAGUACAUUUUGU